UAUUUCAAAGAUCAGUUGGAUGAAUCGGUUGAAAUGAUUUUUUAUGGUUAACCCAAUGGGCGCCCUGUGGUACUGCUCAUGCCCAGUUCCCACCAGUCCUAAUGGCUAAUGGCGGAAGUUGCCAGCCCGCUAUUAGCGUCCUUCUAGGAAUCAACAAGUGUCCAUUUCUACGAAACUAGCACCAGUUGCAAACUGGUACUUUAUAAAAUAUACCAUAGUUAUAGCCAUGGGUGAUAUUUUCCUACCUACAGAGCAAUGAGCGAAGGUCUAUCCAAGUUGAUUCGUGAGUCAUGUAGAACUGGAGAUCUAGAUGUCCUUCUGAAUGUCAAGUAUAACUAUCCAAAUGUUGCCACUGAUCUCGUUAAAGGUUCUGCCGAUGCAGAUGAUGAGCUGCCUUUUCUACACGUUGCAUGUCAAAAUGGACACCUUAGCAUAACAAGGCAUCUGAUCUAUGCAGGUGCAGAUGUCAAUCAAUCAAAACUGUCACAGACACCAAUAAACAUUGCAUGUCAGAAGGGGCAUGCUGAACUUGUUGACUAUCUUAUAUCAAAUGGUGCAGUUAUAGACCCAAUGGAGUCUGAUUUUGAAAACUCACCCAUCUACUUGGCAUGCUGUAAUGGCCACACAAGCAUUGUAGAGUCUCUUGUCUCCAAGGAACCCAUGAUUCUACGCAGGAGUGGUCAGCUUCUUUUGUAUAUAGCAGCUUACGAAGGGCAUCUGGAUAUUGUGAAGUUUUUUAUUCAAAGACGAGUUAAUAUUAAUCAUACUGGGACCAUUGUAAAUGAGGAAGGAGUUGCUGUUGAAUCGCUAGGGGCACUUCAUGGAGCUUGCAAAGGGAAGAAGGCCAACACCGUACAGUAUCUCAUUGAAAACGGAGCUUUGGUUACUGAAAGCAUUGUAGAUGAAUUUGGAGAAGAUGUGUUGAAAACUGUGCUUUUUAGAUACACCAAAGAUGCCAAUGUAAAGCGAAAAACCACUUUCUCUUUUGAGCAUGACCCAAAUGUGAAUAGGUUCAGUGUUAACUGGGGACACAAGAAUCUACAUGCCCUCCACAAAGCUUGGUUUGUUGACUACUCGUUGAAUCUUGUGAGGAUCGACCUUGCUAACAACAGCCUGCAUGAACUUCCAGAGGAACUGCUCAACACACUGCCAUUACUAGAAGAGCUAGAUGUAUCCAACAACAACUUAGUGUCACUACCAGAAAUCAGCAAUUUAUCAUUUAUGAGCCUGGAGAAGCUCUUUGCCCAGCGUAACAACCUCACAUGGGUUUCAUCAUCCCUUUUUCAACUGAAGACACUCAAUAAAUUAAAUCUCUCCCAUAAUAAGCUGACCAUGCUUGGUGAGGAAGACACAGACUUAGGCAGUCAAGGCUGGAUGAGAUGUACUUCCCUAAAAGUGUUGAAGGUCACCCAUAACCUCCUUGAGUCUUUACCCUUUGGUAUCCAGUCUGCAUCAUCACUGGUCAAGCUUUUCCUCAGUAAUAAUAAACUGAAAGAGUUUCCGAUGCCAUGGAAGUGCCCCUUGGAAACUCUGGAUCUAUCCUACAACAGCUUUACAUCAUUUGUCUGCAGUGUAGACAUGGUCUGGGCAAACUCUCUGCUAUACCUGAACUUAUCACAUAACCAUUUAGACGCAAUAUCUGGAAAUGUGUGCCAGCUAAAUGCUCUGCAAGAACUGAAUGUGAGCCAUAAUAAGAUCAGACGGCUUCCUCAGGAUAGAUACUGGUGCUGCACGAAUCUCCACAAACUUGACCUUUCAUAUAACAAGUUGACUGCCAAAUACCAAGGCGAUGGUACAGGUUUCACGUUACGACAAAGAUUGUUCAAGACGCCAUCGCAAGAGGAAUAUCAGGAAGCUAGCACUGACUGUGAGUUUCCAGUGGAUUUGUUUGCCCCAACUUUAGAAACGCUACUUCUAAACGACAAUGGACUUUUGGUCGUACCGCCAUCUGUCUGCAGGCUCACAAAUCUAAACGAGCUUGAUCUUAGCAACAACCCUGACUUGAGGACCUUGCCACCACAGCUCGGGAAUCUAAGGGACUGCUGGCAACUUCGGCUCAACAAACUCACGUUGACAGAGUUACCUAAACAUGUCAGACCAGGUACUAUAGGUGUCCGCUCCAAGGAUACCCUUGCCUUCCUGAGAGCGACCUUGCGAAAGUCGGUGCCUUACUACAGGAUGAAGCUGAUGGUAGUUGGAAUCCAGGGAUAUGGCAAGACCACGUUGUUGGCAGCAUUGAAAGGCCAGCCACUGCCAAGCAAUCUAUCGACGGUUGGAAUUGUGGUGGACGAGUGGUCCGUACAGAUUUCCACUUCCUUGCUAUCUCGCAUUGGUAUAACCUCGGGUAUUGGCCCAACCAUCACCUUAAGCACGUGGGAUCUAGCGGGUCAGAGCGUGUACUACGCCGCCCAUCAAAUGUUUCUCACCCCUAGCACGCUGUAUCUGGCUGUGUGGAAUGCCACUCUGGGUGAGGAAGGGGUUGAAAACCUCAGAAGCUGGUUAUUGAACAUCAAGGCCCGCGCUCCGUACUCUGACGUCAUCAUUAUCGGAACUCACCUUGACCGGAUCCCGCGAGCAUCCCGCGAGUCUCGGGUCAAGGAGCUGAAUCAUAUGAUCAUGAAGAGAUACAACACUAAAGGUUUCCCCAAGAUCGUGGGCUACACAGUGGUAUCAGCGGUCACAGGGGAAGGCAUCACAGAGCUGAAAGAGCUUAUUUAUAAGAAGGCGAUCAAUUCCAAAGAGCAGGGGCAAUUAGUGAUCGGGAAACAGGUUCCCUUGAGCUACAUCCAGCUGCAGGACGCCAUACGUCACGAGGCGGAGAGGAGGCGAGAAGCGAGAAAGCCACCCAUACUCCUAGAGGAAGAGAUGCUAGCACUUGCUGCCGGCAACAAGGACAACGACAUCCACGACCACGAAGAGCUCGCGCUAGCCACGCGCUUUCUUCACGAUAACGGUGUUCUUCUGCACUACAACGACCAACUCCGUGGUCUGAACACACUGUACUUCAUCGACCCUGCGUGGGUGUGUGACCUGAUAGCCAGUAUCGUCACGGUACGGGAGAAGAACGGCUACGUGCGUGACGGUAUCAUGCUCACAAGUAACGUACGGAUGGUGUUGCGUGACCCUCGCUUUCCACCCAACUUUAUACCUCAGUACUUGCAGUUGAUGGAGAGGUUCGAGAUCGCUCUCACCUUAGAUGACUUCCAGAUCCUCAUCCCUUCCAUGCUCCCCCACGAGGCCCCUGGUAUAAAGAUGAACGAGCUCUACAGACUCUUCCAACGCACAUCACCUGACAGUACCCCCCACAGUUCUGCAACGCUACCAACGAGGAAACAGAGCAAAGAGUCAAGCGAGAUGGACGCCUUACCAUUUCUCAAUGUUUUUACGUCUAGCGAGAUGGACGCCAAAGCAAAGGCAAGCACUCUAGGCGUACCAGGGAGACGCCAACCUCGUGGCACUCACGACAAGGACGGGAGUUCUUUUGAUCAAAAGGAACUCGACCUGGACGAUGAUUCCCAUGACUCUAUCCAGCGGAACUACCAGAUGGCGUACGUCCCUAGCGGCCUAUGGAGUCGCUUGAUUACCCGGCUGCUCGUCUCGCUCCAGCGAUGGCGACAAACAGAGGGAAUUGACGAGAGCAGAUUGAGCGUGAUCUACUGGAGGAAAGGGAUCGGAGUGAUGUACGAGGAAGGGCACUUCGUGGUCAAGUCCUACAGAGAAAUGGUCCCGCUGUCUAGCGGUCGCCGGUUCGAGGAGCUUGAGGGCAUCACGGUACAGGUAUGGUCUAACGUCAAGGACUUCUCCGUCAUGGGAUUCAUAGUGGAUCAGAUCGACGCACUCAUCUCCGAGUGGUACCCAGGUCUAGACGAUACUGAUAACUUCGGCUAUCCCUUGGUACGACGCCUGAUCCCUUGCCCCAAGUGUACCACCGACAUCAGGAAGCGGCCCCCUUCCCUCCGUCGCUCAUGCUCCAUGGAGUUCCCCUCCCAACGCCUCCAGCGCCCCUUCAACUUCACUCUCCCCACGUGUGCAGCCGCCGCCCUUAUGUUCUCCACUAUAAGCUGUCCCUACCACCCCGACAGCGUGGUCUGUCUUGACGAACUGGUCCCAGAUUUAAUGAUGACCGAUCUCCCAAGGCAUUUACUCGUAGAGAGAUGCGACUUUUCGUAUAGGGACGAUGCGGCGAGUCGACUUGGCGGGGGAGGGGCGGGGGAGGUAUUUAGGGGGGAACUGAGGAAUUCUUUUGUCGCAGUCAAGACUUUUCACUCAACACGUGCGUCAGGCCUGUUGUUUGACAGCGGUAUCGGAGAAAGGUCUGGAGCCCGAGAUUGGUCAGCGGCAUCUUCCUCCUUGCGCCCGCGCAGUGAGGGCACAAGCAUGCGCAGAGCAGGUUUGCACCGGUUCGAGGUUGAUCUAGAUGACGAAAAUGUCGAGAAUGAGCUUGAGAAGACGAAGGUUGUGCGCGCAUUCUGGGAUCUCAGACAGGAGGUCGCAGUCCUCUGCCACCUUCAGCACCCGUGCGUAGUCCGCCUUCUUGGCGUGUGCCUACGCCCUCUCUGCUUCCUCCUGGAGCUUGCCCCCCAUGGAAGCCUGGCUUCAGUCAUGGAAGACAUCACUCUUGGGCGGCGGGAGACUGAGAAGGAGCACGUUGGUGCCAAGUCCAUAAAGUAUGAGACCAAGCAGACCCCACUGGGCAGGGGUCUUACUUACAAGAUUGCAUACCAGGUCGCAAGUGCAUUGUGGUAUCUGCAUGACAGUGACAUUAUCUACCGCGAUCUGAAAACCGACAACGUCCUCGUGUGGUCCUUACACGAUACGGAUCUUGUCAAUGUCAAGCUGUCCGACUAUGGAAUCUCGUGUUUUGCCACACCCCAGGGCGUGGCAGGGGAUGAAGGUACCCCUGGUUACCAGGCCCCCGAGAUCCUACCUGGAAUCGGCUACGAUGAGAAGGUCGAUAUCUUCUCCUACGCCAUUUUUCUGUAUGAGUUAAUGUCCGGGACACGUCCAUUCCGUAAUUACCGCAGCGCUGUGGACAUAAAAAGGGACAUCAGACGCAACAUCCGACCCUCACUGGAAGAACAAGAAAUUGACAGUCAGCUGCCACGACUCGAGCAGUUGAUGCGGUGGGGCUGGAGAGAGCUUCCUGAGCAGCGACCCACUGCCGAGACCCUUCUCCAUGAGAUGGAGGAUCCGGCCUUCCUCUGCCAAUUCCGUAUUAUGCCGAGUCCUGAAGAGGGAGGAGUCCUGGAGAAGAUCACAGCUGUCUAUGGGUUGGCGCAGUCCGGAUCAGGUAACCCGGGUCUGGGUGCCGUGACCCCUGGCUCCUCGCCUAACUUCGUACUGGUGUGGAGUCGUGAGCGUGAACAGCGUAACUUCAGCAUGUUGAACUGUGACACGGGCGUGUUUUACCGACAGGAGGAGUCUUGUCCGGGCCACAGAGUGCUUUGUAUGGCCAGGGUCGGAACUAGGACAUGGCUUGGGACCGAGGGUCAGACUAUUGAGGUCUUUGGUAAACGUUCUUGGCGCCUUCCCAGCACCCUUUGCUCCUUCAUCGUCAAAGCCCCAGUUCUCGCUCUGCUAACGGAGGAGCAUCCACUGCAGGCCCAAGCAGAGCCUCAGACGAGGCCUCAAGUAAAGAAAGUAUACGCGUCACUCGCCAACGGCACCUUAGUCGUAUUCACACACAUCAGCGCUUCCACGGCCUGUCAAUUACACAGUGACGUCACACUCAGCUACACUGACGUCAGCGAUGACGUCAUCAAGAAGGAGAUGUCAGAGUGGCGUGACAUUCAAGUCAUCAAUCUCGGGCAAAACCGUAACCCAGUGAAGUGCAUGGUUCUCGUGAACGACUCCCGGGAGCUUUGGGCUAGCUGUGGUAACAAGAUACUGAUUGUCAGUACGCAAACUCUGGCUGUGAUAGAGGAAAUCACUGUCUACUCUUCACUGCGGGCUCACAUUCGUAAGAUGGUCGUGAGUGGGGAUAAGGUCUGGAGCAUCGAUCGUCGAUCUACCAAAAUUCUAGAAUGGGACGUCAAGUCGUACCAGUUGUCAAGGGUGUUUGACGUGGACUUGGAACACCCAAUCGGCAAGAUCGUCUGCAAGCCCUUUGAGAAUUCUUUGGACCAAGACAUUGGCGAGGAAGAGGCGGCGAUACCUACCAUACCGCGCAUGCGCCGCCCCGAACAUGUGUCUGUGAACCCGCCCUCCUACGGUGAAGCCACACAGACUGUUGACGCCUCCACAAGCCCUGGCACGAAAGUCCUUGUAGACCGAGCCCUGGGAGGGGGGAGGGUGAGUAGAUCUGGUGCGCUGAAGAGACGAUCAGCUUGUGGGCCUUAUCGACCUGAUCCACAGGAAGACCGCGGCGAUCUCCGUAUCGAAGGUCACACCGACUCUGAUAGAAUAGAGAAAACAUAUAACGCAAAGAUUUUGAUUCCCGGCGGUAGUGACGAAACAGACGCUGAGAGAAAUGAGAAGAGUAAUUCUGAUGGCGACCUCAUGGGGACGUCCAGAGAAAAUGACGACACAGACACUAAGAGAACAGACGCGGAGAGAGGGGAGAAGGGUAAUUCUGAUGGCGACCUCAUGGGGACUUCCGUUGACAGUGGGUUUGCUGCUGAGGAUUUGGGUGCUUGCUUGACAAAACAAGACGAUGAGGAUCAAGAUAGGAUCGGUUCGGUUGAAGAGGGUGCCUCUAUUGCUGAUGAGACCGAGUCAAACAAAGAAACAAAAGAAAAGCAUCGGGAGGAUGAGGUUGGUGUCUCCAACAAAGAGUCAACUCAGAGCGGAGAAGGAGAUGGACAAAGUGCAGGCAAUGGUUGCGUCAUAGCCGAUCUUGCUGAAGAAAACGUGGCUUCAGGUGACAUCAAUUGGACUGUUGAAAAGUCCCUAAAAACAAAUAAUAUAAAUUCAAACGACGAAGAAUUUGGCUCAAAUGGUGCUAAUAUCGAAAGUGCUGAUAGUAGAAAAGAUAAACGCGUCCCUGGAGAAGAAUCAUUAGAACUGAGGUCAGACAAAAACGCAAAUGAUCCAAAGGCAAAUACAGCAGAAACAGAAGAGGAAAAUGGAAACUCAGAAUUUGAAUUAGUAGACCGUGAGCGGCUGAUUGUCGAACAUGCGCGCCUGCGCAGUGAAGCAAAACGAGCGGCAAUCGAAGCAGGCGACGCGUCAAUGGCGUCACUCAAGGCGAAACCCAGGACCACACAAAGAGGUCCGUCUCUUAUGCGAUCUUGGAAGCGUUCUAAGCGACAACCAAUGACGUCACUAGACCGCGGAUCUCGUGACCAAAUAGACUCACCCAAAAAGCGUGGGCAGCGACCACGACUACAAGUCAGGAUGGGAUCUAUGAACAAGGUGAUGACGGUGCAGAUGGUUGGGGGCGUCCUCUGGGUCGGCAGGGGCAGAGGGGAUAUCCUGGUAAUCAAUGUGGACCCGGACGCGAAAGAGUGUGAGUAUGGCGAGGUGUUGGCCCAGCUGGAGAUCGACAAUAACAUGGACUACAGCAACGGGCAGAUGGACGAGAUUAUCAUCACAGGCAACGAUAAGGUCGUUUGCCUUCGUCGUCUAGAACCAAUGCGCACGCGCAAGCUUGCAUCACUUGAUACGCCCCAGUAUAGUCCAUACAACGCGGACCCUUCGACAGAGCGGUAUCAGGUGAUUGUCCUGGAGGCCUGGGGUCGAAGUGAAUUUCAAGCAUUCAAGACUUAUUUAGAUCAAUUCAACUCAUUGAUGGAGUGAAUGAAAUCCGUUCUUGAAGACAUGUGCCGUUCUCAGUCGGACUUGCACACUUCAGGCUUAGGCGUAUGUUUACUACAAGCUGUAUUAAGCAGCCACCUUUGCGACCCAAGCAAAGUGUUGUUGUAGGGAAUCUGUUUAUCAAGGACACCGUUGGGUCUCCAGCGAUGCUUGUUGUAGAAUUGAACCUGUAUAAAGCGUGCGCAUUCGAGAUGCACCCUUUGCGGUCGCUCAUCCCGGCGAAAGAAGGAAAGAGCUGGAUCAUCGAGUAUGCCAUCGGUAACAGUGGAAUCGACUAAAAAUGUUUUGCAUGUAGAAGAAACAUAUUUUCAUCAUCGUAGCUUUUUAAAAGAAAACAAUUUACAGCUUUCCGUGAAUGGAAAACAUAGACGUAAUGACAAUCUAUAUCGUCACAAAAUUGCAAGGAUAUUAAUUUUAAUUUAGACUUGUUUUUUUAGAUUAAAAUUUGUUUUUAUAGGGUACUAAAGUCAAAGACUUGAAUUUCAGAAAUUGUUGCAUGACUUGCCGCAAUAGUAAUUGUGCUCUUUCAAAUCGCAGUAGAAAUCAAGCAGUUUUUUUAGUAUUAAAUACUUGGUAUUUUUCAUAUUUUGGCAAUUUUUAGAAAAAAAUUAUUAUGAGUACAGGCGUAUCAAAAUAAAAAUAGUUUGCCUUAUUGAUUAUCAGUUUUGUUUUUGGUUUACUCUAAAGGUACUAAGCCCUGUAAAUAGAACUAGAACCACAUAGCAUAUGUAUACACCUAUUUCAAAAAGGGUCGCACUCCAGGAUCCCUUGUCGUGACCCGCGGUGGCUCAUGGGUAGCGAAUAAACGGCUGAAUCCUUGUUUUUUAAAGCCGUGUCAAUAAGAACACGAACAAGAAUUCUACAGCUUUUGAAACCUGGAUUUGUAUUUUAUUUACGCUUAUUUGCUUAUUUACUUGAUGACCAUGAAUCACUGUGGGAUAAGAUACACACAUUCUCUGAGUGCAACCUUAUUUGAAAUAGGUGUAUAUUUCAAAUCUUGGAACAUAUAGUUUUCCAUGCGUGGUCGUACGACACGGGAAAGCUUGAGAGGACAUCAAGUCUUUGGAAACACGAGGGUGCGCAUUUUAUUACUCUUGCUCCCAGAAAAAAGAUCAGGGUUACAUACAUACAUUUUUCACGAGUCUAACCCCCAAAAGGUUACAAUCGAUAAAUUUUCUAUUGGUAUCGUAAACUAUCCCAAGCAAAGUCACCAUCUGACUGGAAGUUACAUUCGGGAAAAAGAUCAGGGUUACAUUCGGGAAAUUUUUUACGAGUGUAACCUUCAAAAGGUUACAAUCGAUAAUUUUUCUCAGAAUGUAACUUCCAAAAGUAACAUUAGGAAAAAAAAAAUAUUAUACUCGGAAAAAAAGUAUAUCUAUCUAUCGCGCGCUAUGCUCUGCGUUAGAAUCACCUCAAUCAAGUUAUCUAAGGAAUCUAGUUAAUUCUUGUGUGCAUAAAAUAUAUACAGGAUCCUGAACAAAGCAUGAGCACAUCAAAGAUGCUGAGAGUACAUAAAAAUGUCCCUAUCCCUUUUUUAAUGUCACGACACACAAAGAACAUUAUAAUUAAGUAUCGAUAUUUU